CUCUUAAGAGGACGACCUUCAUCAACAAAGCCCUCCAUCAGUUUUGUCGUUUUUGUCUUUUUCAUGGUUGUUAUCUGCAACUAUCACUCCAAGAUGAUUUUUUUUUUUGGCUCUGGUAUGGUGCCCACUUCUUUAAAUGAUUAAAUCCGUGCCACAAUCUCUAACAGAGCAAAUUCCACUAGUUUUUUCCUCUGAAUUUUCAAUGGAGAGAUCUGGGUAUGGCAGAGAUGGAAUUUACAGGUCGCUAAGACCUACUCUUGUCGUCCCUAAAGAUCCCAAUCUCUCAAUGGUUUCAUUUCUCUUUAGAAAUUCCAAUUCUUACCCUGACAAACCAGCUCUUAUUGAUGCAGAUUUAUCAUUAACCUUAUCUUUUGCACAGCUCAAAUCCAUUGUUAUCAAGGUCUCCAAUGGCUUACGCCAUCUGGGUAUCUCUAAAAAUGAUGUUGUUCUCAUCUUUGCUCCCAAUUCUUAUCAGUUCCCUAUUUGUUUCCUGGCCAUUACUUCAAUUGGUGCUAUAGUUACAACUGCAAAUCCUCUUUACACUGCCACAGAACUUUCUAAACAAAUAAAAGAUUCAAAGCCUAAGCUGGUGAUCACUGUGCCUGAGUUGUGGAACAAAGCUAAAGGUUCCAAUUUACCAGCUGUGUUUUUAGGUUCCAAGGAGUCUUCAUCUGUUGAGCCCAAUUCAAGAGUCAAGAGUUUCCAUCAUCUGGUUGAGCUAGGAGCGUCUAAUUCUGAGUUCCCUGUGAGUAACGUGAAGCAAACUGAUACAGCUGCAUUGUUAUAUUCUUCAGGAACUACAGGGACUAGUAAAGGAGUGAUUUUGACUCAUGGGAAUUUCAUUGCAGCUUCUUUAAUGGUCACUAUGGAUCAAGAAAUGGCAGGUGAAAUGCACCAUGUUUUCUUGUGUUUCUUGCCUAUGUUUCAUGUGUUUGGAUUGUCUAUUAUCACAUAUAGCCAGCUGCAAAAGGGCAACGCUAUAGUGUCAAUGGGGAAGUUUGAUUUUGAGAUGGUUUUGAAGAACGUAGAGAAGUAUAGAGUGACCCAUUUGUGGGUUGUUCCUCCAGUAAUACUUGCUUUGGCUAAACAGAGCUUGGUUAAGAAGUAUGAUCUCUCUUCAUUGCAGCAUGUUGGCUCUGGUGCAGCUCCUUUGGGAAAAGAAUUGAUGGAGGAAUGUGCCAAGAGCAUUCCUCAUGCUGCAGUUGCUCAGGGUUAUGGUAUGACAGAGACCACUGGUAUUGUUUCAGUAGAAAAUCCAAGAAUAGGUGUUCGACAUAGAGGUUCAGCUGGAAUACUUGCUUCUGGAGUCGAAGCCCAAAUAGUCAGUGUAGAUACUCUGAAACCUCUCCCUCCAAAUCAGUUGGGAGAAAUAUGGGUUCGAGGACCCAAUAUGAUGCAAGGAUAUCUCAACAAUCCUCAGGCCACUAAGCAGACCAUAGAUAAAAAAGGUUGGGUACACACAGGAGAUCUUGGAUAUUUUAAUGAGGACGGACAACUAUAUGUUGUUGACCGUAUUAAAGAGCUCAUCAAGUUCAAAGGAUAUCAGGUUGCACCAGCUGAACUUGAAGGGCUACUUGUUUCUCACCAUGAAAUAUUAGAUGCUGUGGUUAUCCCCUUUCCUGAUGCUGAAGCUGGUGAGGUCCCAGUUGCAUAUGUUGUGCGGUCACCCAACAGUUCACUGACUGAAGAAGAUGUUCAGAAAUUUAUUGCUGAUCAGGUUGCGCCUUUCAAAAGAUUGCGAAGGGUAAAUUUCAUCAACAGUGUUCCCAAAUCAGUUUCAGGAAAAAUUCUCAGACGGGAACUCAUUGAGAAAGCAAAAUCUAAGAUAUGAUCUCACAUGAUUGUUUUUCGGUUGGAUAAUUUGUGAUACGAAGGCACAAUCUACAGGACAAUGCUUGUAGUUCGUUCUCAUCUUCAGAUUGUGUAAUAAGAAGGAAUAAAUCUAACAUUUUUCUUAGCAUUAUAGGAUAAGAAGGAAUAUUUAUAGUGUUGUUUAAAUCAUUAUUGAGAAAAAAUUUAUUUUAUUGAUAUUUUCAAAUUAUAACUUAAA